AAGACGAGUCUCUCUGUUAUAUAGUGUAAAAAAUUGACACCCAAAACGCCUUUCUUCAUCCAAACUGAAAAAGAAAUCUUCUGAGGAAAUCUUGUAGGAUGAAAAGUGGUUCAUCAGAGACCAAGUUGUUACAAGAAUUGAUUCUUUAUGCCGCAAGCGCAGCUCUUAGUUGUCUCGUCUUGUUUGUGGGGCUCCGGCAGCUUGACCCGAAUCGAGAGGCAUCCAAGAAGGCUCUUGAACACAAGAAGGAAAUUGCGAAGCGAUUGGGUCGACCCCUCAUUCAAACCAAUCCCUAUGAGGAUGUGAUAGCCUGUGAUGUAGUGAACCCUGAUCAUAUAGAUGUGGAAUUUAAUUCCAUUGGUGGGUUAGAAUCCAUUAAGCAAGCAUUAUGUGAAUUAGUAAUUCUUCCCAUGCGAAGACCUGAGCUAUUUUCUCAUGGAAAGUUACUCGGCCCGCAAAAAGGAGUCUUGCUUUAUGGACCACCUGGGACUGGAAAGACCAUGCUUGCCAAAGCAAUUGCUAAAGAGUCGGGUGCUGUUUUUAUUAAUGUGAGAAUAUCAAAUUUGAUGAGCAAAUGGUUCGGUGAUGCACAAAAAUUAGUUGCUGCCGUAUUUAGUUUGGCACAUAAACUCCAGCCAGCAAUUAUAUUUAUUGACGAAGUUGAUAGCUUUUUGGGUCAGCGCAAGGCCACCGAUCAUGAAGCAUUAACAAACAUGAAAACUGAAUUCAUGGCUUUAUGGGAUGGUUUUACCACAGAUCAGAAUGCACGAGUGAUGGUUCUUGCUGCAACUAAUCGCCCAUCUGAGCUUGAUGAAGCAAUCCUUCGACGUCUUCCUCAGGCCUUUGAGAUUGGGUUCCCCGACCGCAAAGAGAGAGCAGAGAUUCUGAAGGUGAUUCUGAGGGGAGAGAGGGUGGAAGAUAACAUCGACUAUGACCGCAUUGCUAGUUUAUGUGAUGGUUACACUGGUUCAGAUCUUUUUGAGCUCUGUAAAAAAGCUGCCUACUUCCCUAUCCGUGACCUCCUUAAUGAUGAGAAAAGUGGAAAGCCUUCCGCGCAGGAGCCAAGGCCAUUAUCAGAAUUAGAUUUGGAGAAAGUUAUAGCUACGUCAAAAAAGACACAGGUUGCUGCAAAUGAAUACAACUCCUUACGUUCACAACUUGUUGGAUUGUCAAGGCAAACAGAUACAGAUGAUUAUCCAGUCCAAGCUGCUAUCAGCGAGCUCUCUAAGCUUGUGGUUUCUCAAAUUUUGAAUCUCCAGGCAGAGAACCAAGAUUCUUAACUGCCACUAGCAAUUGCCAUACAGUAUUAUGGACUGUAAGAUUUUGAUAGUAUCUUGGUUAUGCCGGGUGCCAGUAUGCUUUCUUUUCAAGCACCGUGCUGUUAUCUACCUUGUUAAAUUUACAACACUAGUAGUCAUUUUAUCAUUGCUUGAUGUUCACUGCAAAGGGUGAACUGUUGUAUGCUCAUCUAACGUGUCACAAGUAACCGAGCUAUACAUAGGCGGUUAAUCUUAUUUUUCACUUCAUUUUGGUGGUGCCAGGGACUUGCAUGCAUAUGUGGGGGAUUGAAUGGUUCUUUACGUCUCUGCUGUGUCCUGGAGAAUGUCGUAUUCAGGUUUUCUGCUAUUGUAUUAUACAGGGUAUUGAUUGACAGAUUUUAGUGUUGCUAGGUGAAGUGAAUGUUCAAGCUACAAUGUACAAUAUAUUAGGCUACCUAUUAUAGUCAGGUCUUGCAUCCUCUAUUAAAUGAAUGAUGUUGUAGCUCUACAGUCUA